UUUAUAUAUAUUUGGUUAAUUUUUUGCUAAUUAAAUAAUUUAUAUUUUAUAAUGUUUGAAAUACUUGGAUUCAGUGGCUAUCAAUUAUUGAUAGCCAUAUUCACAACUUUACCACUUAUUUAUUGGUAUUUAACAAAAAAUUAUAAUCACUGGAAAAAAUUUGGAAUCAAUGGCCCAAAACCGGUCCUAUUGUUAGGCAAUUUAAUGGACCGAAUCCUAUACCCGAUGGCCAAAAUCGAUGUCGACUAUGUUAACAAAUACGGCACAAUUUACGGUUUAUAUAACGGAACCGAUCCGGUACUUCAUGUGGCCGAACCCGAAGUCAUCAAACAGAUUCUGGUCAAAGAUUUUAAUCGCUUUACCGAUCGCCGUCAUCUGAAAACAGAGCACCCGAUCAUCAACAAGAAUCUGUUCAAUUCGGAAGGCGAUGACUGGAAACGGUUGCGUACCAUAACAUCGCCGACGUUUACUUCGGGCAAAAUGAAACAAAUGUAUCAUUUGGUUAGGAAAUGCCUUCAGGAAUAUCUCGAUGUAUUGGACGAGUUAGCCGAAAGUGAACAGCCGGUCGACUUCAAGGCUAUGCACCAGAAUCUGACAAUGGAUGUGAUAGCUUCGUGCGCUUUUGCUACGAAAACCAAUGCCCAAAAAGAUCCGAACAAUCCGUUUGUGGUCAACGGUCGGGCAGUUUUUGAUUUCAAAGCAAUCAAAAUGAUUCCCGCAUUUUUGUUUCCGAAAUUUUUGAACCGACUGCUGGGUAUUCGUACGAAUCUGAAUGAAAAACCCAACGAUUAUAUCUUCAGUUUGGGCCGUCAUAUGUUGGACAGGCGUCAGAAAGGCGAACGAAACAACGAUUUUCUUCAGCUAUUGAUGAACGCAAACGCCGAUAAUAACAAUAACCACAACAACAACAAUAAGGAUGUCGACAAAGAUGUCGGCGAAUCACAUCAUGUGAACGAAGGUGAAGACGAAAUUGCGGCCGAAAAACGUAUGCUUAACAGUACAGUCAUUCAGAACAAGUCGCUGACCGAAGACGAGAUCAUUGCCCAGUCGUGGCUAUUCCUGUUGGCCGGCUUUGAGACAACCGCUACAGCAAUGGGCUAUAUAUCCUAUGAGUUGGCCUUCAAUAAAGAGAUUCAAGAAAAACUCUACAACGAAGUAUCGGCUAUUGUCGACUCGGACGGCGAAUUCAAAUACGAAGAACUCCAGACACUGCCCUAUUUGGAUGCCGUUAUCAGCGAAUCGUUGCGUAUGUAUCCGCCGCUGACCAGACUCGAGCGUAUUGCCAGCGAACCGAUGAAAUUGGGCGACACAGGCAUCAAACUGGACAAACACCAGAUGAUUGAGAUACCCGUCUACGCUAUACACCGAUCGGAACGCUAUCACAAAAAUGCCGACCGAUUUACGCCCGAAAGGUUUUUGCCGGAAAAUCGCAAGAAACUGAUUCCCUAUUCGUAUCUACCGUUCGGUACGGGUCCGCGAAACUGUAUUGGCAUGCGUUUCGCGCUCAUGGAGAUCAAGCUGGCCAUUGCACAUAUGGUUAUGAGAUACCGGUUCAAGACAUGCCAGCAAACCGAGCGACCCAUUCAAUACAUGAAUGUCACUCCACUGUUGACGGCUAAGAGCAUUACAUUAAGUAUUGAAAAGCGUUAA